AUGACUACACCACUGAAAUACCCUGCCAGAAGCCAUGCCAGAAAAGUGUACUCCCACAUAAAGGCACCCUUUUUCAUCAGUGGCGAGGACUUGGUGCUCUACAAGUACUGCGACCAAACCAAACCAUUCAGACAAAACCGAUACUUUUUCUACUUGACAGGAUGCAACAUCCCCGGGUCCCAUGUGUUGUACACCCACGACAAGCUAGUGCUCUACCUCCCAGAUGUCGACCAUGAAGAUAUCAUGUGGUCCGGUUUGCCGUUGUCGCCAGAACAGGCACUUGCCAAGUACGACGUCGACGAGGUCAAGUUUGCUGCCGACAUCGAAUCCGACUUGAAAAAUUUGGGCACUGUCUACACCACCGACACCAGCCACCCCCACCUCAAACCUUACUUGACUGAAUCAGACCCAGCCUUCUUUUUUGCCCUCGACGAGUCCCGUUUAAUCAAGGACGACUACGAGAUCGAGCUUAUGAGACACGCCGCCAAAAUCACCGACAACUGCCAUUUAGCAGUAAUGUCAGCCCUCCCUAUCGAAACCAAGGAAACACACAUCCACGCCGAGUUCAUGUACCACGCCUUACGACAAGGCGCAAAAAACCAAAGCUACGACCCGAUCUGCUGCAGCGGUGAAACAUGCUCAACCUUACAUUGGGUCAAAAACGACGGCGACAUUACCCCCGAAAAGAGAUCUGUAUUGAUCGAUGCGGGGGCCGAGUGGGAGUGCUAUGCCAGUGACGUAACCAGAUGUUUCCCCGUCAACGGAGACUGGGCAAAAGAACACUUGGAAAUCUACAACUUGGUGUUGAAAAUGCAGUCUGCCGCCUACGAAAUGAUGAAGCCAGGCGUCGAAUGGGAAGAUAUCCACUUACAGGCCCACAAGGUGUUGAUUCAGGGGUUUUUAGAGCUAGGAAUUUUCAAUUCCAAAUACUCGGCAGAAGAGUUGUUUGCUGCUAAAGCUAGUGCUAGAUUCUUCCCUCACGGGUUGGGCCACGUUCUUGGUAUGGAUACGCACGAUGUGGGUGGCCGCGCCAACUACUCCGACCCUGACCCGUUAUUGUGCUACUUGCGAAUUAGACGAAAAUUGGAACCAAAUAUGGUCGUCACCAACGAGCCAGGGUGUUACUUCUCCCCCUUCUUAUUAGAAGAGGUCCUCAACAACCCCGACCAAGCCAAGUUCAUCAACAGGGACGUAUUGGACAAGUACUGGUACGUUGGCGGUGUGCGUAUCGAAGACGACGUCUUGAUCACCCCCACCGGGUACGAGAUUUUUACAAAAAUCACAAAAGACCCAGCAGAAAUCAGCAAAAUCGUAAAGGCUGGGCUCGCCAAAAAAUUCCACAACAUAGUUUAA